AUGACCCAGCGCCGGGAGCCGCGUCCCGCCGCGCCGCUGGACGAGGAGCUGCAGGCGCUCGGGUGGUAUCAUGAUAAUCUCACCCGACAUGCGGCAGAAGCACUGCUGCUUUCCAACGGGCAGGAUGGAAGCUAUCUCUUGAGGAAGAGUAAUGAAAGGGAAGAUUUGUACUCCCUCUCUGUAAGGGGAAAAGAUUCCGUGAAACACUUCCAUGUUGAACACACAGGAACUUCAUUCAAAUUUGGAUUUAAUGAAUUUUCUAGCUUGAAGGAAUUAGUCAUGCAUUUUGCAAAUCAGCCUUUAAUUGGAAGUGAAACAGGAACCUUAAUUGUAUUGAAGCAUCCCUACCCACGGAAAGUGGAAGAACCUUCCAUUUAUGAGUCCGUCCGAGUUCACACAGCGAUGCAGACAGGAAGGACAGAAAGCGAUCUUGUUCCAAAUGCUCCCUCACUUGGUACAAAAGAAGGAUAUUUGAUAAAACAAGGCAAAAUAGUCAAGAAUUGGAAGACAAGGUGGUUUACACUGCAUAGGAAUGAACUUAAGUAUUUCAAAGACCAGACAGCCACAGAACCGAUUCGGGCACUUGACUUAACUGAAUGCUCAGCUGUGCAAUUUGACUAUUCCCAGGAAAGAGUCAAUUGUUUCUGUUUAGUGUUCCCACUAAGGACAUACUACCUGUGCGCGAAAACUGGGAUAGAAGCUGACGAGUGGAUUAAAAUACUGCGAUGGAAACUGUCCCAAAUACGGAAGCAAAUGGACCAGCGUAACGCCACCCUCAGUUCCUAGCUGCACCUCCAGUACUUCUGCUCCAUUGGCAGGAAUUGCCUCUUUGCAGAGGGGAAGGCAUCGCUUACAAGAGGACGGUUUCACAUGUCUCCAUUACUCACAGCGGGCACGUGUGUGCGUGCAUACCUGCACACAGAUGCUUGUAUCCAGCUCUGCACACAAAGGAUUCUUACAGCUGCGUGCUCUUGGGCUGCUGAGUCACGUGUGGAGACGGUUGCAAAAUCAGUGUGUUCGUUUGAUAUGCACGGUGCAUGCCUGUAAUGCACUUAAUUCAAACACCUGUUAACUAAUCACAGAAGUAGUCACUGUUUAAAACUUUUGUGGUUAUUCAGAGCACUCUCAGUAAUUUAUUGCAAGCUCCAUCACAACUAACCAUUAGCAGCAUAUUCUGUAACCUUGACCCUGUUAUUUAAAAACAGUCCUUCCUGGAAACAUUAAAUAUUUCUUUUGUAUUA